GCCUGACGCUGUGCCUAAAAUAAGGAGCGGGACAUCGAUGCAAGUAAAGAGGAGUGGAUCUCGGACAGCGGCGGACAAACGAAAGAAAAUGAGGAUGCUGGAUGAAUUGCUGUCAACAUCUGUUGAGGCUAGGGAUGCUGAGGAACAAGGGUCAGCAGUGGAGCCCGCAUCAAUGGAAAGUCAAUCAGACACUGAUGAGCCAGGAUGCAGCCAAUGGACAGAUGAACAUUCAUCUGAGUCUGAAGAAUCCUUUGAUGAACAGCCGUUCAAAGAUCCAGCAAUGGAAUUUCAGCAGCAUGGCCUUACAACCUCUGUUGGGAUACAGGUCUCUGUAGCAACAAGAGUAAAGCGUAAGUUUAUUUUUCAUUUGUUUAUCUAUAUUGUCAAUUUUCCUUUUGAGGCUGGUGCUGGUAAGUUGUGGAAAGUUUUUGUAAACAUAUGCUCUAGAUAAUAGAUUUAUUUGAAGGUGUAAAUGUUGCAAAUCCACUUAAAGAAUAAGUCCUACGCA